AUGGAGAGAGAACCAAAGACUUUAGAUGAAAUAUUAGAAGAAUCAGAACCAACCACAGCAGCAGCAACAAACGGUAAGCAAUUUAGGAAAGUUAAUGCAGAUGACAUUGACAACUUUCUUAAAAAUCAACAAAAUCGUGACACUAAAAGGAAAACUGAGCAAGAUAUGAGUGUUUUCAAGGCUUAUCUGAUACAGUGUGGGGAGGGGCGACAACCGGAAGUAAUCCCACCGAGUGAACUUGACACAAACAUUUCAAUGUUUCUUCUCUUUGUUAAACGCAAGGGUGGUUCUGAUUAUGAGCCAACAACACUUAGAAGCUAUGUGGGCAGUUUAGACAGAUAUUUGAAGGAAAAUAAUUAUCCUGUUGGCCUAAUGUGUGAUUUACAAUUUAAAAAAUGCAGGGCUGUUCUUAAAACAAAACAAAAGCAACUGAAGGGAACGGGGAAAGGAAAUAUGCCCAGGGCAGCAGAUGAGCUAACAGAUAUGGAACUGGAACAAUUAUGUGAAACAAAUACAUUAGGAAUGCAAUCACCUGCUGCACUUCUCUACUCUGUGUGGAUGAUUUGUACAAUGCAUUUCGGAAUGCGCCCUGGAAAAGAAACCCAUGAUUUGAAAUGGGGAGAUGUUGAACAGAAAACUGAUGUAGAAAAUGGUGAAGAGUACAUUGUUAACAUCCAGAAACGUCAAACCAAAACCAGAACAGGUUCUUGUUAUUGUUAA